UACUCCCACUCUCGGCAUCGAGGAUCAUCUCGAGCCGCCUACUAUUCAUUGGUUGCAAAGUCUCGCGCGGUUAUCCUGCAUUAUUUCAUUCUCAGGUCCAACUGCUACGCCGGCGCCCCUCAGCCCAGCCUCUCCAAGCCAAUGAUACGGUGGAGUGGAUUCGCUCGGAGUUAUCCUCAUCUUCUAUACAUGUACGUUCACAAGAGCAGUCUGCCAAGAGUCACGUAUCUCAAAACUGGCUGGGUGGCUGAUGUUCUUGGUAAAACGUUGCCUGUCCGCCAAGGAUCGUGGCAGGGUACGGUCUUCCUCAAAUAUCGAUAUCUAAAGAACCGGGUGUCUUGGCAAGUUGGCACCCAUCAUCCAAUGAACUCGGUAUCUCGAUUGCAAAUCAAGAAUCAGGGGAAGGUUAGGGCAUCAUCUCGCUGGGCACCAAUAUUCUGGCGCCUGUGCUAUAGCCUUGACGACGGUCUAAGAUGGCUUCCAAAUUUCAAAACGAAAACAUUCAGGGUUUGCUCCACCAGGCACAUUCCUAUCAUCCCAUGUUCUUCAUUAUUCACAUUAAUAAAUGACUGUGUCAGUAGUUCCAUCCCAUGUGCAGGUAGAGCAUGUCAUCGUUUGGUGCAGUUGCAGCAGGUGUGGCAAGAACCUAGCAUCUCUUAUGGUGUCCACUUUCAGUUCUCCCCCCCGAUCAAAUAGCGUUGCCGAUACGGCCCAUAUGCUCGGCCCCUGGCAAAAGCAUUAAAGGUGUGUGCCGGUCGCGCUGCUUGGUCCCGUUCGGCACCCGUUCCACGCCGUUUCCACUCCUAGUCUUCAACACACCCUGCCAAGGCGGAGAUCAACAGCACAUCAUCCACGGGGGUUCCACUGCCAAGCUUUGCGUCGAUGAUCCUAACCCCUUAGCGUGUCGGCACCGAAAAUGAAACGGCGAUAAG